UUGGGCGACCUACUGUCGCCAUGUUUCUGUACUUUGAGUAAACAGGUUUUCAUAAAAACAAGUCACGUCAGGAUUUUGGGAAAAACUGUUACAUCCAGUCUAAUUUAAAUGCAUCCUGUAUUUCAAUCCAGUUUCCAUCACUGAAGAAUUUCUCUUGUGUUAUGGCGGCACAUGCCGGAGAUGAUGACUUUGACGAAUAUGAUAAGCCAGGUGCAGAGAGAUCUCGGAGGAGAAGAGGAGAAGAUGAUGAUCUUGACAGUGACCUUGAAGAGGACCUGCUGGAGGAAGACUGGACAAACAAAAAGAACCCCUCAGAGCUCUCAGACGAGGAGCUUAAUGACGACCUCUUGCAGAGUGACGAGGAAGAAGGGAAUGUCAGUGGUCAGGGUGCCUCUGUUAGUCUAAAUGCCACACUGGGCCUCAGCUCAACCUUUGAUGCGGAAGAGAGGAGCUAUGGAGGGAAUGCUGGAGAGGGAGUGGGCUACGGCGAGGGAGAGCAGGGGUACGCUGGGGACUAUGAAGGGAACGAGGGAGGCAUGGACUAUUCCAGUGAGCAGGCAGGUGGGGACGGAGCUUACCUGGAUGAGGUGCUGGACCUGCAGAUCGAUGAGCCGCUAGAUGACGAGUUUCAAGUCGAUGAUUACUCCGCUGGGUACGGAGAACAGGGGAUGGCCGAGCAGAGAGACCAACAGGAAGAGGCCGUGGACGAGCAGGAGGCAGAGGCUGGGCAGGCCCAGGAAGAAGAGGAGCAGGAGCCGGAGCCGGAGCAAGACGACUCCCAGGCCUUCGAUGGGGACGAGGCUGAGAAUGAGCCUGAGCAGGAGGAGGAGGAGGUGAAGGAAGAGUCAGACGAGGAGGAUGAUGACGACGAAGAGUCUGGCCGGCUACGCUUUAAGACCGAGCGCAAGGACGCAACAGUGGUGCGUCUGUCUGAUGCAGCCAGGAAGAGGAGGAACAUUCCAGAAACAUUAGAGUUGUCAGAAGAGGCCAAGGCCAACCUGCGGGAGAUGGAGGAGAGGGAGAGGCAGCGCAAGUUUGGAGGCCGGGGGCGAGGCUUCCGAGGAGGCCCUGGCGGACGGGGCAUGGGCAUGGGCAUGGGAGGACGAGGGAUGUCCAUGGGAGGAAGAGGCGGUAGAGGCGGCUUCCCCAACUUCGGAAUGGGCGACUUUGGUGGUGGCCGCGGAGGGCGCAUGAACGACCAGAGGCCACCACUCAUGCACCUGGGCAUGCAGAACCGUAUGCCCCUGCCUCACCUCCUCCUCCAGCAGCAGCAGCAGCAGCAGCAGAGGCAGUCUGGUCCGCGGGGAGGCCCAGGGGGCGGCCCAGGGGGCGGCGGGGGGUUCCUGGACGUGGGCGAGCCUCUGGUGCAGCAGCCCCUGCAGCCGCUGCUGCCCCCCCACCUGUCCCAGCGCUCGCCCCUGCGCUCCCACCUGGACACCCCGCAACGCAUACUCAGCCCCCCGGGGCCCCCCCACUCGCAGCAGCUACCGCCGCAGCAUCAACAUCAGCACCAUCACCAACAGCAACAACAGCAGCAGCAGCAUCAGCAGCAGCAUCCUCAGCAGCACCCUCAGCAGCACCAUCCACCGCAGCAGCAGCACCACCAACAGCAGCAGCAGCAGCCCAAGAACAUCCACAUCAACCCCCACUUCAGAGGGCCCUCCUCCUCACCUGUGCAAGUGCCCUUGGUGCCUCCGACUCAGAACCAACCCCGACCUGCGGUGGGUCCCCAGAGAUUUCCAGGCCCGCCAGACUUCCAGCAGCACCACCCAGGGAAUUUCGGGCAGCCCCAGAGACCCCCUCACCCCCCAGAGCCCUGGAGGGGGCCACCACCCCCUCACCAAGACAGAGAACCUUUCUUCCUCGGAGAGCCACGCUUCCCCGGGCAGCACUUGUUUGACCAGCCAAAUCCUUCCCAACUCAUGAACAACAACAACGCCCACCCCAUGCCAGGGCAGGGGCCCCUGUCCUUCCCCCAGCCUGGUCAGGGACCCGGCGGCCCUGGGUUUGGCCCUCUGGGGCCUGGGCAGGGCCAGGGACCGCUCGGUGCUCUGUUCCAGAGAGAGCCACCGCCCCGGCAAGGCCUCCCACCACAGCACGGCGGCCCCCCCGGCCCUCCGGGGCCCAGACCCUUCUUAGGCAACCGGCAGGCCUUCCCACCACAGCAGCAGGGCCCCAUCUUCAACUCCCAGCACAUGCCGUUUGGGCUACAGGUACGGCCGAGAGGUUUGAUGGGUCAGCCCCAGCUCCUGGACUCCCCGCUCUCCCAUCAGCCCCUGCAUCAGCAGCAGCACCACCGGCAGGACCAGGGGCCCCCCCAUCAGCACCAGGGCCCCCCCCAGCAGCACCAGCACCAGCAGCACCCCGGGGACCCCCUGCCCCUCAUGCACUUGGGCCAGCAGGGCUUCCGCCAGCAGCAGCAGCAGAUGCAGCACAUGCACGGCGGCCCGCGGCAGAUGCAGCACCGCCCGCAGAACCCACAGCAGGGCAACGCCCAUUCCAGACCACGCAUGAGCCCCCCGUCACCCAUGCAGCAGAUGCAGGCUCUCUCUCAGCGCAACAGCAACCUGCGUGAGCUGCCCAUUGCCCAGGGCAACUUCGGUAACAACAACAACAACAACAUCUCGCAGUCGCCCAACAGAGGAGGGCACCAGCAGCAGCGGCCCAUGGGCAGAGGGAUGCAGGGCCUGGGCGGGCACCAGGGCCCCAACGGCCAGAAUGCCCGCGGGGGUCUGGGCGGCAGAGGGCUAGGGCCCGGCCGAGGCCAGGGUGUGGGCCGAGGGCAGCCGGUGCCAGAGAGGACAGUGGUGAGCAAGACCCCAGCAGAGACGCCCCCAGCACCACCCCCUCAGGUGGACCCUGACGAGGACGAGGAGACGCGUCAGUACCGCCUGAAGCUGGAGGAGCAGAAGCGUCUGCGCGAGAAGAUCCUCAAGCAGAAGGAGGAGCGACGCCAGAUGCAGGCCGGCAUGCGCAAGCGAGAGCUGCUGCAGCGCAUCAGCGCCCAGAACCCCCAGAACCAGACGCCCAACCAGCCCAACCAACCCCCCCAGCAGCAGCAGCAGCAGCAGAAACCCCCACCCCCCCAACCAGCCCUCACGCCUCAGGCUCCACAGCCGAUCCCCGCUCUCCCUGCCAACGGAGCCCUGCAGACCCAGCCCUCCAUCCCCACCGUGCCCCGGCCCAACGUCAAGACCCGCCUGCAGAUGGCUAAGCCGCAGCCCCAGCCUGGCGCCGCCCAGCAGAACAGUGGGCCAAAUCCCGGCCAGCAGAGCCAGUGGCAUCAGCAGCAGCAGCAGCUGCAGCAACAACAACAGCAGCAGCAGAGGAGGGGGAUGAAUCAACAGAACACCCAGGGCCCCAUGGGGAACAUGCCCAGGCAGGGUGCCCCGAUGGAGGGGACGUUUCCAGGCCAGCCCCAGGCUCCGGGGCCCAGGCCUGGAGGGAAGCGGACAGUCAUGCAGAGGCAAAACAGUACGGGCUCUCCUCAGCUCCCUCAGAAAGUUCGGGUGGUCAAGCUCUGCGCAGGGGUCGCCGACACUCCUGACACAGCUGUCCCAGUGGAGCAGCCACAGCCCAUCGGGCGACUCCCCCCACAGCCACGCCAGCUCCCCAUCCGAAAGGUCACCAUGGGAACAGGCGGGCAGCAGCAGCAGCAUCCCCCGGGACAGGGAGGCAGGGGCCUCCCACAACCCAACAGGGUGGUGAUGCCAGGGAGAGGCAGAGGCCGCGGUGCUCGCGGGGGUCGUAUGAUGGCCACCAGGCAGAGCGGGCGUGUUCAGGAGGAGCGCACCACGGUCUCCAUCGAGGGCCUGUCCACCUCCACCACAGAGAAGCAGCUCCGGAACCUGCUGCAGUCCAUUGGGCCCAUCCAGAUGUUCGAGAUGGUGCCCCAGCAGAGGAAGGCCGUUGCCAAGUUCAUCAACCCACAGCAUGCCCAGAGCUUCCAGCACAGUUUCCACAGAAAGCCCAUGUCUCACUCCGAACUCCUCGAAAAUCACCACAGGCACAUGAUCGAUCUGUCUCACAUUGACGUGUCCAUCAUCGACGGCUGAGACGAGAGCAGCGGCUCACCCAGAGACGAGAGGAGAGGAGACGAGUGGAGACGUGGGGGGGAUUUGGAUGGAUGGUGUCGGGUCGAGGGAAGAGGAGAGCGUUCCGGAGGGCGCAAACUAACACUAGCAUGUCGGGCUCUGCUGUAAAGGAGGGGAGAAAUGGCACCCCACCUCAGACAAACGCACCUCUCUGAUACGGGAGAACUUUCUGUCACCCAGCGACAAUGGAGCGCCGAUUCUGACUGACCGCGUCCAGACCACUUGAGAAAACAAGAGCCGAAUAAACAAACUGGGUUACGUCUCCAAUGUGUUCAUUACAGUGAAUGCCCUCAUGCGGAGGAGACUGGAGUUGUGUUUCUAGCCUGGUUUUUGUUACGUUGGCACCAGUUGUUUUCGAUGCCAUUGGCAAGAAAGAGACUUGAGGAUUCAGAGUUUAGUCACAGCUACACCACCAACAAACACAUACCAACAACACCAACAGCACCAAACAGUCGACACCUGGUAAUGGUUGCACCCCGCUCCUGUCAUAGCCAUUCUUAGUAAAAACCUGUAGAUUGCAGUUGUUGUAACUCUCAAAUGUCCCAUGAAAUAGAAGUCUCUCCCGCUAUUACAUUCUUGAUGCCUUUAGUACUUUGAACCACAGCCUUGAGUUGUUCGUCCUCUACGGUAGUGCUAUUUAUCACCUGUAGGGGGUGGUGUCUGACCACAAAUCUCUUGUCCAUAGUCAGGAUGUCUGUGUGAGGCCCCAUUAUAGCUUUUUUUCACUGGACUAACAGCACUACCUACUGGAGAACAUGAUUCGAGAAGCAGUCUUUUCAGUGACCACUAUAUUUAACAACCCUCUCUCUCUGAGUAAGAACUGCUUGAUGUUUCAGUAUGGGAACACUAGCAUAUGAUCUUGAGUUUUAGUCCACAGGCUGGCUUUGGCAUAAUACUGGCAUUGUUAUCUAUCGCUGAUGAUUUCACAAUUGAUUGCCGUGUAACAGUUACUUUGGUCUAUUUUGGGGGCAAUUUAUAUCGUUGACUGAGCAGCUGAGAUCAUUUGCCUUUUCAUGAAUGGCCUUCUCAUAACAAGAUACUAGAUUAUUGUAGUGACACAAACACUGGCACGUCAAAACAUUUUAAUGACACACUUUGGUUUUGUUUUUACUUCUUUUAGUACUUAGUUAUUGUUUUAUGCACAGGCUGAAGGGAAUGUCACACUGAGAACGUACAGAGGACGUCAUACCGUAAGAAAGUGUAAAAACACUAAUUUGAGAGAUGAGAUCUCCAAAGUGAUUAAGGCUCUUUAUACCAGUUUGAGUUUUUCAUGUGGUCAAUGUCUUUGUCUGAACAGCCCCUUUAAGCUUGUUUAUCAUUUUGACGUCUUAGAUUUUGGUUAGCGGUUUCGGGUGUGGGAGUGUGCGGUUGAUGGCUAGCUGUAGUUUUCUGAUUGCAGUGGUCGGUGGGUUAGGCUGGGCUUUGCUUUGCUGUGUUGAGUUUGUGUUCUGUUGCCCCUGUGUGGAGGACGGCAUCCCUGUGGCUGUGCACUGGCUGUGUGCAUAGUUGGAAAUACUGCAGAGGUGUUAUAAAAGUGAUCUAAUAUAUCACUGGAUUGGCUUUGAGAUUAUGAUGUUUAUUUCGGCAAAUCAGUGAUGCACAUUCUACUGUGUGUUCGGUCAAUUUAUAAUGUCGGACUUUCCUCCUCAUGGCGUUCUAGAGUUUCGGAGUAUUUACAUUUGUAUACGAAGUACAUACAACCCCUUCAUGUGUACAGCUCUACAGAGCUGCUCUAUCUCUUUGCAUUUGCAGUUUCCCUUGUUGACCUCAUUAUUCUUUGCAUACAUGCAUUGAUAUUCACAACAUGAUAUGUAUGGUAGUUUUUCUCUGCUAGUUGCAGUUGUGUCCCUCCACUUUACACAAAUUUCUGUUGAUUAUAAACAAAUCCCUGGCAUCAAAACAACACAUUGAGAUUCAUUCACAUAGAAGGAGAUGUUAAAAUUGUAAUAACCUGUAAAGUACUAUAGUAAAUGAUCAAAAGAGAAUCACCCCUUCCCCAGUUUACGCAUCCCAGCCUUCAGUUAGUCUGACUAUGUUGGCCAUCAUAAAUAUGUUUAUAUUAUAAGGAGGAAACAACAUUUAGCCCCCCCCCCCCCCCCCCCUCCAGACACAAAAUCUCUGUUUGACUGUGAGGAAGGAGUAUGUCGUUUUCUAAACAGUGGGAGCAACCAUUAUCUGUGUGUCGGUGAUCAUGUACAUAUUGAACAGUACACGAGUCAGGUAACCCUUUUUUUGUUUUGAUUCAUUUUUACUAGUAUUAUGUUUACCGCGGUGGUUCCGGAGUUUUUUUGCGCAGUGUACAUAGUAGGACCUAAAGACUUCAAUUUAUGUGCUGCAAACACAUCCAACCACCCAUUCUCCACGUAUACAUAAAGAUUAAUGUCAGUAGCUUCGACAUUUUAGAUGUGUUUUGUUUGUAUCUAGGACAUUGAGGCCUUGGUUUCUUCAUGAGUUCAAGCUUCAUUGAAAGCAUUUUUAAUGUAAAAAAAAUAAAACAUGGUCAUGUAUAUACCAUAUGAUUAUGGGUACGUGAAGCCAUUGAACCACUAUUUUACUAUUCUCUGUGUGAUGUCAUUGUUGGUUGACCAUGACGGUGACGAUGGUGCCUAUGGUGAUGCCCUACUGAGUUGGUCCAGUUUUAUUGCAUUUUAUUUUGAUGUUCUCCGAAGUGUCUAUCGCCCUUUUCUUGGCUUGAUGUGUGUGUGUGUGUGUGUGUGUGUGUGUGUUUGUGUGUUUGUUUGUGAAUGUUGUUUGUGUGUGUGUGUGCGCAUGUCUGUGGUUGUAUGUGUUAUACCUAUGAAUUGCUCUUCAAUAUGCAUUUAUUUUGAAAACUAAUUGAUUGUAGAAAGAGAAUAUGAGGGUGCAUUAUGUUGUAUAAGGUAUUAUUUUGCUUAGUAGCUUGUAUCAAGCAUUUGAAGCUGCUCUUGCACAUUUUUUUACAGAAAUAUUGCCAAAACUUGAAUGACAAGUUCUCUUAAGCUUUUAACCAUGAACUGUAUUCUGCUGUGUGUGGUGAACUUGUACAUUGCUGUUGGCUCUACUGAGUACAAGAGUAUAAAAAAGUAGUCGAGGUGUAAUUAGCAAGAAAGUUCUACAUCUGUAGAUACAUCUACAGUAACGUUUACGGUUGUUGUUUUUUAAAAAGAAGUAUAUUUUUGAGUCUUAUUCACUGAAUCAAGUCAGUGGAGGUAAUGUUGCUGUAAAACAGUUGAAGAAAUAUCGAGGUUUGGAAUGUUCGUGGUUAAUACCGCAAAAUCCUGGACCUGACAAUAUCCCUAAAAACAAUUUUUAUUUUCCAUGUUUGUCAUUUAUGUUAUUUAUUGUUUUUUUUUUUUUGCUUUUUUUUCUAGUUUUCUUACAAUGCUUUAUAAGUUACUGCAUUUUUUAUACAUGAAGGUUAAGUGACGUUUUCACAUUUAGAUGAAGCACUGAUGAAUGCUCUGUAUGUUUUUGCAUGCUUGAAGCACUUUAAUUGCAAAUCCUGUGGAUUUGAAAAAGUAGCAGCUGCACUGAUCGGUCACGAGUAGCCUACCAAUUCAUGAGAUCUUGUCUUAUGUUUUAAACCCAGGUCCAUAUUGGACUUUAGAGUAUCUUUUUGUAAAGGUAUUUUAAGUAUACUUUGGGAGGACCUUACAUGACCUUCCCUAGUAGAGACCAAAUGUAGGGGUGUACUAUGUGUAGAAGAAUGGGCAAAAUCUUUUUUUUUUUUUUUUUUUUUUUUCAAUUUUGGGUGCAAUGGUUAUUUUUACAAGGUUCAAGAAAAUCUGGUUCAGAGGUCCCUGAUGCACAUAAUGUUGAGGAUGUUGAUCUGCUUUUUGACACUUGAACCAGAUUUUUUUUGGACACAGUGGUCCUCCUUUUAAAGUUUCUGUGUCAUCUGUAUUUGAUUUUUUUUUUUUUUUUUGCUUAUCCAGGUGUCAAAGCAUGGAUGAUGGCCGUCUUUAACGUUCUCCGAUUUUUGUUCCAGGAAACGGGACAAGAUGGAAACCUUUCUCACUAACAACAAGCAAGUCUGUUUUGUUUGCAGGUUCCUGGCUUGAGUUUGGACGGGACUUGUGUUAACUAAUGGAUUUACUACUUUUAAAACAUGCUUAAUGGUUUUAUUGUGCCUCUCAAUAUCCUCUACAUCUAAACCUCAUUUCUUUAUGCUGUCCUCUUUUCUUUACCUCUCUCUCUCUCUCUCUCUCUCUCUCUCUCUCUCUCUCUCUCUCUCUCUCUGUCCCUUCUGGUUCUUGUCAAUGCAUUGUGUUGCAUCGCUGCUGUUUGCUGCUGGUGAAUAAACCUAACCCUUCUGUUAUUGAGCAGGCAAGGCCAGCUUCCUGGAUUUCCUUUGUUUCUUAGCCUGAGCCAGAGAGCCACACAGCUUUGAGACAGCUUUGAGACAGCUUUGAGACAUCGUGGUUCACACACAAUGAAAGACUUACCCCUGAAAAACAAAAAAACAAAAUUCCACCUUUUGUAUACUGGCCUGACAGUGUUGUCAGACAUGCACUUCUCAGUGUUUGACAAAUACAAGAAAGUCUGAAGUUUUUACUGAGUAUAGAAUUGACUGUCCUGAAGAAUUUCAGACAAACUACUUAUUCAAAUUGUGUAACCUCACAUAGACCUGUUUUGUUUUUUUGACUUGUGAUGCUCAUCUGUCGACAUACAAAACAAACUGUCAAAACUGCAACAGUGUGAAAAAGUACCUUUUGUUCUGAAUAUUUCAUGUUUAAUGUAUGUUACUCUGACCAAAAUCAAAACUGAUGUCUGAGAACUCUGAUCCCAUUUGGGUUUUUGUCUUAUAAUGCUGGAAAAAAAUAAACAUGUUUCAC